CUCUGACUCGCCUCACUUCGUCGCGAGUCCUCCUCGACGCACCACGAGCCCGCUGCCCUCGCGCGCUCCCAAACUUUACACGAGCUCUCGUCUCUGUAACAUAGCGACACAAGCCUUCAUUGUCGCUUAAUUACAAUUUUAAUAAAUCAUUUUAAUAGACAGUCGUUAUUCUCACUAUAAUAUCUCUCGUCCGACCGCUUUACCGGCGAUUUGUGCUUUUGGACAAUAACAAAAUCAAAUUUUCUGUAUUUUUCUGAAGUGACAAUAUUGUUGUUGGAGUGGACAAGUAUUGUAUAAAUUAUAUUGGUGAUCUGUAUUUGACUGUGGAUCUGUUUGUCGUGGUUCCUGCCGGAGUUAUUGGAGAUUACAUGUUUUGUUUGUUGUUUUUACUGGAAAAAACAAUCUAAAGAACAUAAGUGUUGUGUGAUGUGCGAGUGACGAUCUCGCCAUGAUUCGAGAUCCGCCGGCCAUGCACAAACCUGAAAACGCCAACAGUCAACAGGAUGACAACAAGUACGGGCUCACCGUCAACAGCAACGUGUCGGGCGGCACGGGCGGCGCCAGGCUGUGCGCACAGUGCGGGAAGGUGAUCACGGAGCGGUUUCUGCUCAAAGCGAUGGAGAGGUUCUGGCACGAAGAUUGCCUCAAGUGCGGCUGCUGCGACUGCCGCCUCGGAGAAGUUGGCUCCAAACUCUACUACAAGGCAGACCUCAUGCUCUGCAAAAGAGACUACCUUAGGUUAUUCGGUGCGACAGGCAACUGUGUGGCCUGCAACAAAGUCAUUCCCGCCUUCGAAAUGGUCAUGCGAGCAAAGAGUUUCGUCUACCACUUAGAAUGCUUUGCUUGUCAACAGUGCAACCAUAGGUUCUGCGUGGGCGACAGAUUCUACCUGUGCGACAACAAGAUACUGUGCGAGUACGACUACGAGGAGAGACUGGUGUUCGCCAGCAUGGCCGCCAACCCCAGCGGACUCGCGCACAUCCGUCGCCAAGUAAGCGGACUACAGUCACCGACAAGUGGUGGUUACGUGGCGGGUGUGGCCGGAUGUGGUGGCGGGGCUGCCGCGGGCGGUGCGAUGGUUGACAAGGACGGCGGCGGAUGCGCAGGCGCAGACGACGCGUCCAGCGGGUACGGCAGCCCGCCUGACCCAGACGUGUGCGAUGCCGCACGAUGACCGACGGUGCAGCGCCGACAUCUCGCCUCGGUAAAACCUCACUGAGUACUGGCGAGGCGCGCAGGCGGUCUGUAAGCCCUGGGCGUUGGGGCGAGCACAUUCGGCAUCGAUGAACGUCUUUCUAACGACACAGUUAUAGACACUAGCGUGACGUUCCGUUUCUUCACCCCACAUACAAACUAGCCAUCACCCUACAAAACUACCUUACAUAGAAAAUAGAGUAGUGUGUAACGCUUUAUUUUUACAUUUUGUUCAUAUUGAAAUCUUGCGAACCUGAAAUCUGUUAUGAAAUCUCGAAUUGUUCUUGAUAUUAAGGUAAUAUAAUAAAUGUGUGAGGUGGCCAAGUAUUCAGUGUUGUAAGCCGAGUAAGUGCUGAUCUACAUCGAGAUGUCGGGAAUAUAUUGGUGAGAGCGCACUCGCGGGCGCGAGACGGCCGCAGUCGCGUCGUGGAUAUGUGGCCACUUUACAAAGUGUCCGGGAUGAGUCGCGAUAACGUUGUUAGAACACGAUAUUUCCAUUAUGUAUACGAUUUGAGCACUUGUUUACAUGUUAAGAUAGCAGCGUCGCGUGGGUAGGGCGCGCGCUCUCGCUUCUACUUUAUUGUACCUUCUGUACCACAUCUUGCGCUUAGCCAAUAUAGACACGCCCCGUAUCAAUAAAUAAGACAAUGGAUAAAAUGCUCAUUACAUGCCCACAACCUUAGGUCUUUAUUUGAAUACAUAAUUUGGAAUUUUACUUAGGGAGUAGAGUAUUGUCGGUAAUAUAUUCCGUUCGACGUGCCGGGCUGGUUCUCCCUGGGCGCGGCGCGCGGCCAGAGAGCGAGCGGAUUGUAUCGAUUGUACUUUUAUCGUGAUACAACGAUUCAGGUCCAGACACUAAAAUAUUAAUUGAUAAAAUCGAUCUCAUUGUUAUGGAUUGUAUGUAUGUACAUGUACUAAACAUAAAUAUUGUUAUCAUACAAGGUAUGAAGUUUUAUUGAUCGUAAUUCCUUACUUUUAUUUACUUUUGAUUGGUUACGUAUGUUAAUGUUAUUUUUUACCAAAGAUAGGUUUCCGUAGAAGGGUUUUCUAAAUAAGAGAGUCUACACAGAUGAGCUAAGAUUGUAGAUGAAUAGUGAUAUAUUUGGUACUCUGAAGUGGUGCAAUGGUUAGUUAGGUGCCUCUGUAUAAUAUAAACGUUUAACUGUUUAACAUUUGUAAACGACCACCUUACUUGUGAACGUCACGUGAUGGGCCAUGUGUAACCUUUUGUAUUGAGUCACUCAGUGAUGGGCGCCCGGCAGUGUAGCACGCAGGCUGGUACUUCGAUGUCUGACGUUGAUCAGUAAGGUGGUUGUCUUUCUUUUCGCCACAGAGCUUCAGUGAAUGUUGUACGCGCAUUAAAUUGUAACAAUCUUGAAAUACAGAUGAUUGCUAAAUCUUUAUUUUAUUUUAAUAAUAAAAGAAGUUGGAACCUCUAUGUAGAUAAAUGCUAAAAUUUUCUAAGAUAUAGAAUACCUAAUGUAAAAUAAAGAUUUCUACGAUAAAAUAUGUAUUUAUGUAAAAAAAUUGAACUGUCGUUACUUAGUACCUAUUAUUGGCUAUUGUAAAUUGUUCCAGGAAUUUUAAUACUAUAUACCUACUUAAACACGACCGAUUUAACAAUAUUUUCAACUUCAUAAACAUCGACAGAAUAAUUAUUUCAUUUUGCCGUUAACGUGUAAAUAAAUAUAUUUAUUUAAUGAUUA